AUGAUAGAUUACUCGAGAAAGUCCCAUCGCGGCGAUUCGUGGAUGAAACCAAGAAAAUCCCCUGUGAAAUUCAAGAAGAUAAAGGCGAAGCACGUCUUUCGGGAGUACUGUGAAAAGUCGUCCGUUCACGGCGUGAAGUACUUCGCAGAGAAGGAUCGACCAGUAUGGGAGAGGGUUCUCUGGAUCGCCCUCUUCGUCCUGUCGCUGUUCGCUUGCGGCAAGAUGAUCGAGAGAGCGUGGACGAAGCUCAACAAUAGUCCUUUGGCAGUGACCUUCGCCGAGAAAGCCGUCCACAUCACUCAGAUUCCCUUCCCUGCUCUGACCAUUUGCUCCACCGUGAAGUUCCGCAGUGAAUCCUUCUCAUUUGCAAAGUACACAGCAAAUCCGGACAAGUACAAGCAGUGGCGGGAGAUUUACAGAAACUUAGGACAACUUUGUGAAACUUAUGAUCCUUUGCCGGGAAAUUUGGAUGACAAUAUUCUGGAUACAGUCCGCCGAUUUAGUCCCAAUGAGGAUGAUAUGAUAAAGACGGUGACUUUUUGUGAUGAUAAGCUGAAUACAGCGGAAAGCUUCUAUGAAAGCUUCACCUCUCAAGGACUUUGCUACACCUUUAACCGUCUUCCUCUGGAAAAUAUCUAUAAGCCUGAUUGCAUCUUUAGUCAGCAAAAUGAAUCUUCGCCUCUGAACGUGCAAGUCAAUUGGUCAGUUGAAACUGGCUUCGCUGAUCAUCAUGAAUUCUAUCCACGUCGUGUGUCGAACAUUCGCCAGGAAAGUGGACUUUCUCUAAUCCUACAGAUUCCCAAGAAAGAUGUAGACACAGCUUGCAUGAACACUGUUGGUUAUCAACUUCAGUUUCACAGUCCAAGCGACAUUCCGCAAAUGGAUGAACACUCCGUGUUCAUUCCAGUCGAUCGUUUUGCGCAGAUCGCCGUCGAGCCUGGCCUGAUCAACACACCACGGAACAUUGAGAACUAUCCACCUGAGCAGAGACAGUGCUACUUUAACAGCGAACGACAGCUGCAACACUUCCAGAUCUACAGCGAGAGGAACUGCAAGAUGGAGUGUUUGGCCAACUGGACCUUGGUUUUCUGCGGUUGCGUUUAUUUCUACAUGCCUCGGAACAGCAGCGUUCCGAUUUGUGGUCCCAGCGCCAAGAGUUGCCUCGAACAGAGUCUUAUUCUUAUAGAUAGACCUGAUGCCGUGGUUAACUUCACACCUCCGAUCUGCAACUGCAUGCCAGGCUGCGUCAGUCUAACCUACAACACCGAUCUUACGCACAGUGCUAUUGAUUACGACGCCUUGGCUACGGUUGAUGAGAGGUUCAGCGAUCCCAGCACUAAAAAGUUCCACAUCUACGUUAUGAUCUAUUUCAACGAGAACAAAUUCUACGCCAUGCAGAGAUCCGAACUCUUCGGCCAGACGGACUUUAUAUCAAGCGUCGGAGGUUUUCUGGGACUCUUCAUGGGAAUUUCUGUACUUAGUCUGGUGGAGUUAAUCUACUUUGGUACUGUUCGUUGGUUUCAACUCCCACCUGGGCAUCAAAAGCGUCCAAUCACCGGUUAUAAGGGACGACAAAAUCUUUUCAUUGUCAAUCCACAUCAUUCUCGCCAUUCUCGCUAUCGUAGAGCAAAGGAGGCAUUUUAA